UGGGGAAGAAGAGGCCUUGGGAGCCGCGGCGGAUGGGGUCUUUUCCCCCUGGGACCAGCCCGCAGCGCCCGCCACGCUUCCCGAGUGGCGGCAGAUACCAGGAGCCGCGGGAGCAGCAGGCCUCCGGCGGGCUUGGAGGCCGGGCCCCCGCCUCCCGGAGCUGCUCCCCGCAGGCGCUGGGCCCUCCCGCCCGUCCCGCGCCGGUGAUGUCAUGGGAUCCGCGGCUCCGCGAGAUGAAAGGGACCGGGCGCAGCCCGCUGGCACCAGGCGCCGCUUCCAGCGCGCAAUCAGGGCGCAGCCUGGGAACCGGAGCGCGGCGCAGCCUGCCACUCAGCCCGGCCUGGGGGAGCCGCUGGGCCCGCCUCGGUGCCAGAAAAAGGGGGGAAACGACGCGAUCCGGGUCAAACAAAAGACUGCGAGGACCGGGCGGCGGGAGGGCGACUACCUGCUGCAGCCGCGUCGCCGGCGGCCGUGCACACACACAUGCCCGGCCGGUCUUUGAGGUCCCGCGACUGAUCACCGCUCAGAUUACGGGCAUUUCAGCCCCUGCUCGUCUGCCUUUGAUCUGCAGGGUUCAUGUUCUUUUCCUGGGUUGGGAGUUUCGUCUGGGCAUGUGCUGACAGAUAUUUGGGGGAAGGUAGAAGCAUUUGGCACAGAAGUGCUGCCAAGGAGAAAGCCGGUUGCCGAAAAGGGCGAGUCCUGGAAAGCGUUCAGCACGUUGAAGAGCUCUGCACCCAGGAAGACCCCGAAGAAGAGCCAUGGCUUUCAAAGCGCUGCCAGAACAACAGAAAGUGUUUCUCACGGUUGUCGUUCUCCUAGGCUGCCUGGCGUGUAUAGUGCUCUGUGAAACAGGAGACUGCGGGCAGCAGGAGUUCAGGGAUCGGUCGGGAAACUGUGCCCUCUGCCAGCAGUGCGGGCCUGGCAUGGAGCUGUCCAAGGAAUGUGGCUUUGGCUACGGGGAGGAUGCCCAGUGCGUGAGGUGCCGGCCGCACAGGUUCAAGGAGGACUGGGGCUUUCAGAAGUGCAAGCCGUGCCUGGACUGCGCCCUGCUCAGCCGCUUCCAGAAGGCCAACUGCUCUGCCACCAGCGACGCCGUCUGCGGGGACUGCCUGCCCGGGUUUUACAGGAAGACGAAGCUCGUUGGAUUUCAGGACCUGGAGUGCGUGCCCUGCGGAGACCCGCCGCCCCCUUACGAGCCGCUCUGUGCCAGCAGAGUCAACCUGGUGCGGAUCCCAUCCACGGCCUCCAGCCCGCGGGACACAGCCCUGGCCGCCGUGAUCUGCGGCGCCCUGGCCACCGUCCUGCUCGCCCUCAUCAUCCUGUGUGUCAUCUACUGCAAGCGGCAGUUCAUGGAGAAAAAACCCAGCUGGUCCCUGAGGACGCAGGACCUGCCAUACACCGGUUCUGAACUGUCCUGUUUCGACAGACCCCGGCUGGGCGCUUGUGCUCAGUGCCGCGGCAACUCCGCCCAGACCUGCGGGCCUGUCCACCUGAUCCCAUCCCGGUGCUGUGACGGGGCCUGCGGCGCCGGCCGGGGGACGCCUGGCUGUUGGGUACACUCCGAGGCCACUCUUGAGGACAGAAGCGUCGUCCCGGGCCAGGAGGCGGUGCCACCUUCCUUCGGGUCCCUCUCGAGGUCCCUGUGCGGCGAGUGCGCGGACGCCUGGCCCCUGAUGCAGAGCCCCGGCUGCGCUGGUGAUGCCUCCUCCUGCGACUCUUACCCUGACCUCCCCGGAGAAGAUGCAGGUGCCCGCAGCCCAGGAAGUGCCAGCGUGUCCUCCUUGGACACAGACCGUCGUCCGGCCCCAGGAGGUGGAGCGGUUCGGCUUCCAGCUCGCCCCGGACACUUCGCAGACGGUGCCGAGUUAUCCAGACACAGCUCGCUGCCAGAACCAGUGCUGACUCGGGCCGCAGCCCCUGCCGCCAGCCACCGGGGUCCGCAGGGCCGGGAUGUGGGCAGCCGGAGCCCCCAGACAGGCCUCCAGGACGCCGCCGAAAGGACUUGCUUCUUUCUGCAGUGAAGUGUCGCGUGGAACCCCAGGCACCCACUCCUCUCUCGUGGACGUAGCACCAUCUGGACCUCACGUGGCUCCGGGGGGAAAAGUAAAUCUGAACCGAAUGGAUAUGCCAUCGCAAGCCUUUCAGCCAGUUGCUUCUGAGCCAGACCAGCUGUAAGCUGAAACCUCAAGGGGUAAAGACGCUGGGCCCUCCUGCAACGUUGCAUCUUUCCUACCCGAGAAGCGUCCAUGCUGCGGGCUGGCUUCAAAGACCGGUGGGCUGAGGUUGCAGCCCCCGAGCUUAUGGGUGUAACGAGAACCAGAAAGGCAUUCAUGCCUCUUUUCGCGGUGGCUGUGGUUUUACAAGACUGAAGACCCAGAGUAUAAGUUUUCAUUUCCAUUUUCCUCCCCGAAAGAAUUUCCUAUAGCUGGUUGUCCUCCUAAAAUGCACGGCAGAUUCGUGACCUUCAUUUUCAGGAGAGAUUCAGCAGCGAGGGGUUCUCUUUACUGAAGGUCAGUUCUUCAUCAGCUGAAUAAUGGCCAUAGGAGGGCUCGAAUGGACAGCACACAGCCUGCCUGCGUCCUGCGGUUAGGAGAUGACAUGUGCUGUCCUAACGGGGACUCAGAAGGGACCAGCUCUUUUCCAGAAGCAACACUAGUAGCCCGAGGGGCCUGAGUUAGGGGUUAUGGGUGGGAAGGGGCUCCCACCCUGAGGUAAAGACGCCUAACCCCGGCAUUACCAGAUUGCUGUGCAUAUCAGUGGCUGUAGAAGCAUCCGUUCCUUCUGUCCUGCGACGGAGCUUCAAAGAUCCAGAAUGACUCUUUUAUCGAAAAGCCAUAUUUCCAGCGAAGUUUUAUUUGCAGCGUAUUUUAUCCUAUAGGCUUUAGAAGCGACCACAGGUCAGGUUUCCCACUGCUGCAGGGGGACCCUGAGUGUGUGGUCUUAGGAGGCCAGUCUGCGUCUUUGAACGAGAAGAAAGAGCACAACGUGGAGGUGGCAUUUAGGGAACAUUGAUCCCUUGUGUAGCUUGACCCGGUUAUUACGGGGCUCCCUCCGUGCCUUGUCAGCUCAGAAAUUCCCAUCUUUGGAGUUCCCGUCGUGGCGCAGUGGUUAACGAAUCCGACUAGGAACCAUGAGGGUGCGGGCUCGGUCCCUGCCCUUGCUCAGUGGGUUAACGAUCCGGCGUUGCCGUGAGCUGUGGUGUAGGUUGCAGACGCGGCUCGGAUCCAGCGUUGCUGUGGCUCUGGCGUAGGCCGGGGGCUACAGCUCCGAUUCAACCCCUAGCCUGAGAACCUCCAUAUGCUGUGGGAGUGGCCCAAGAAAUAGCAAAAAAAAAAAAAAAAAAAUUUCCCAUCUUAGCCAGACGACGCUGGAUUUAAGCAUCCGGUGCUUCUGUGAAGGCCUUCCAUCCCCUGCCUUCUUGGUAGCUACGUUCUGGAAUUGCCUCCAGGGCUAAGCCAGAAAUAACCCAGCUCAGUCGUCAUCCAGGGGACGGCUCGUCUGCAUCUCAGCUCUGGAGAGGAGUUACUUGAGCAGGAUUUAUCCUUUUCCUGCUUGAACCUACAUGAUCUGUUCUGUCUAUGGUCAUGGAACUAAUUGCUAUUAGCGCUGUCCAGUUUGCACUUAAAGAAAUAGAGCUUUGACCGUCCCUGGAUUAGAGAAAGUUCCCAGGGUUUGUUUCCGAAGUGCCCCGCCCGCACCGCAAGCGAGCAUAGAAAUCUGCGCUUCCCAGAUACAGCGUCCUUCCCUCUCACUCUCCCGAGGCCUCCUCCUUGCGCCGGACCUGCUCCUGCAUCCUCAGCUCAGGCUCCCCCUGUGGGCACGGGCGCACCUGGGUUUGGUCCUUCGUACAGGUAACCCGGCUUCCUUUGACUGAGAUAGGAAGUCAGGGCAUCUCACGGGGACGCACGGGUGGUCUGUCCUGCCUGCCUGGUGCCCAGUUGUGGUUGCUCGACUUUUUCUUUUUUCUUUUCCUUUUUUUUAGCAUAAACCAGUGGUUCUUAACCAACUCUUCUGAGACUUGCCUUUAGGAGGUUCAUGCAGAGUAUUUAGGGUCUGACCAGAGAGGUCCAUGACCGUGCAAAUUCCUUGAGUGGCUCCACCAUGAGUGAGUCGCACAUGUGCCAUUGUCGCCAUCUGAUCACUUUUGUUACAUCAGACGGCUGGCCAGGGCGGCCAGGGCUCUGCUCGUCUUUGUAACCUGAAUGUCUUUUCCCCUGUGGAGCCAUCACGAACCUCAGAGGCUGACCCUUGCUGGAGAGCGCUAAGACCCAUGGGAGUGAGACUGGCUCCAGAUCCUGCAACCUGACUUUUGCUCCGUAGAGAAAUACUUAGAGGUAAAAGUUGAUUUCUUUUGAUAUUGCAUUUGGAAAAUCCUGGGUUCUUUUUUAUCAAGAUCAAGACAUGCGGAGUUCCCGUCCUGGCUCAGUGGUUAACGACCCCGACUGGUGUCCGAGAGGACGCAGGUUCAGUUCCUGG